AUGCACUGCAGCAGCAGCAGCAGCAGCAGCAGCAGCAACAGCAACAGCAACAAAAACCAAACAAUAAGAGCAGCAGCAGAGGCAGAUGUAGCAGCAGCAGCAGCAGCAGCAACAGGAGCAGCAGUUGCAGCAGCCAACAGCACCACCAACAGCAACAGCACCACCACCAACACCACCGCGACCAACAGCAACACCAACAGCAACAGCAGCAGCACCAACAGCAACAGCAGCAGCGGCACCAACAGCAGCAACACCAGCAGCAGCAGCAGCAGCAGCAGCAGCAGCAGCAGCAGCAGCAGCAAUGCUUACAGUGCUACUCUUUCGAAUGCUGUGCAUCUUCCUUGA